CUCCGUAUACGAACUUUUUCUAGUAAAUAUUACAAACAAAAAACUGUACAUAUGGAAUUGCUUUUUUGGUCUAAUAUGGAAUUGUUUAUGGUAAUAAAAUCAUAGUUAAAAGAAACAAUGGAGGGUGAUGAAAAUGACUAAGUUAAGAACAUCAACCAUGUUGGGUUCAUGUCGUGGUAUAUUUAUUUAAGUGUUUAAAACUUACUAUAUAUUAGUCCUCUUUAAUACAUACGAUGUUAUCCGAAAAUAUAUAGUUUUGUGUAAAAGACUUUUUCUUCUUCGGCGAGUAGAUCAAAGCCAUUGGAGUAAAAGAUUUGUUAAGGUACGCAUGCUGGUCAACUUAACUUUACGAAUUCGCCAAAUAUUUAUAAAAUAGUUACAAUUUAACCGCUAUGAAAUAGAAAACCAUUCUUUUCUGGAGAAUUUCAAAACAUCGAACCAUAUAUUUCUGAUUGGUUGCGUGGAGAACGUUCAAUUCAACAUGGUUAAAUUAUUUUUAUAACAUCAAUACACGAUAGAUGUUGCUCAAAAAAAAAAAAAAAGAAUACACGAUAGAUUGUUAUUAGACGAGUAUAUAUAAUGCUUACUUGCGGUGUACGUAUAAAAUCAAGGUAUGUGAUACGAUUGUUUUUCAAACCUGUAUAACACGAUUAAUUUAAGUUUAAGGUACUUAAAUCCUCAUAAUAAUAGAAAUCUAUAUGCAUAUUAGAGGCGAAUACAUCAUUAGAUUAAUAUAAGCACGUACAAGUAAAUGAUAAUGUUAAUGCUCUUACGUGAUGGUAGUUAACAUUCUAAAUCAGCUUAUAAUAUAUGAAUAUCAAGGGGUUUACUUCGCGAGUCACGACAAUAAAGAGGUUUACUUAGCGCUAAUUAAGGAUCCUUGGAAUGCGUUGACUUGGCCCUAUCCAUUGAAAGUCAACUCAAGCAUGUCACAUGCUCACAUGAAUAAACUCUCUUUUCUUUUGUCUGGUCAAGAUGUAAGAACUUAUUACUAUUUCUUUUAGACAUUCAUGUGCUUUUUCUAAGAAAAUAAGUUCCAGUCUUUCGAUUCGUAAUUUUUAAACUGAAAGUGUAAUAUUUACGAUGAUUUCACGUUACCCAAAUCAUAUACUCAAAUUCGGAUUUGACCUCGAGAUCAAUGGUACCCGUUUUUAUUUUAUUUUAAGUUCAUUAUUCAACAGAUUAUUUGUUUACAUUUAUUGAAAAUGAUGGUUAAAACAAGAGGAAGAAUACUAGGUAGUUUUCCUUUUUUCCAGAAAAGGGUAAGAAGACUAGCUAAUUGGGAUCUUCUUUCAAAUUAACCAAUGGGUUUCAUGGAGUUAGAUAAUGUGAUUUCAAAUAUCGAUUCAAAACAACUUAUUGCACGUAGUUAUUAACCUCUCAUAUCGUGGGGGUGGGGUGGGCCAGUGGCAAACCCUAUAGUACUAGUCUAACUUAUUUGCAUAUGUAAAACCCAAAUAAGUUAGACAUAUGUGUCUGCAGCAAAAUGUGAGUAUAAAACUAAGAGUCUGCUUUAACAUAUGCUAAUUAAUUAAUUUCGGCAAUAAGACUAAAAAGUAAAAAAUUAAUGUGAAAAUAGUUGUCUUAGACCAUUUCUAAUGUAUUUUGCUAUUUUCACCUCUAAAAUAGGGGAACUCUAUAAUAGAAGUGAGAUAUGCUCCAAUGUAUUCCCCUAAAAUAGCAAUCUCUAAAAUAUAGAGUAAAAAAUAGAGGAAUGCUAUUUCUUCCUCUAUAAAUAGAGGAAAAAAUAGAAAUCUCUAUUAUAGAGGAAGAAAUAGAAGUGGGUUGGAGCAAUUUCACCUCUAAAUGCUAUUAUAGAGGUGAAAAUAGCAAUGAGUUGGAGAUGCUCUUAGAGAAGAAUCAAUUCUCUAGAAAUUUUAGUAAGGUAUUUGUGACCACCUCCAAUUUUUUAUUUUAUUUUUUAAAUCCAGGCACAUCAUUUCUCAGUGUAGAUUUUAUCAAUCCCACAUUUUAUUCAUACACAGUUUUUUUUAAAUAAAACUUCAUAGAUAUGUUCAUGUAAAAUGUGAUUUAUUUUUUAUUUAAAAAUAAAUGAAAUAACUUUUUACUUUCCAUAAAACUUAAAAGUAUCCUUAAUAUAUAUAAAUCAAUUCAAAAGGUUAAAAAUAUGACUAGACAUAAAACCAAAUUCUUUCGGAACUUUCUAAAUUUAAAGCACAUGUUUAGUGUAGAAUCAAAAUUGAACCGAACUUAAACUAAACCGAAAACAUCGAUAAAAUCAAUUGAACCGGUUUGGUCCACCAACUCAAUUUAAACGACACCGUAAAAACAAUUGAACUGCCUCGUUAGCUCUUUCACUGCUCCUUAGUCUUCUCCGGCGAUUGUUUCCCUUUUCUCUCGAAUUCUCGUUCUAAGAGAAGAAAGCAUUGGGAAAAGAGAUGAGUUUCGCUUAUACGACGUUGUUUUCCACAGGGGUUUUGCUUCUUUCGAUCUCAGCUUCUUCUUCUUCUUCUCCGGUCUCUCACGACUUCAACGUGACGGCGGCAUCCACAAUCUCGUCAACGAAUUCGACCCUUUCACCAGGUUUUCUUCUACCCUUUUUUUAAAUAUAAAUCUUCUACCACAAUUUUUACACUUGCUGUUCAUGCAAGGAUAUUGUUUUUCCCGUAGUUUUAUUUCUACGACAUGCAUAUAGUUUAUCAUUCAGUUGUUUAGUUUUGCUUUCUGCUACAAGUUAACUCUGUACCUUCUGACACAACUGGAAAAAUGGUAAUAAAACAUAUCAUUUUUCAAAAAUAAAUAAAAAUAAAUAAAUAAAUAAAAUGUUGUAGUAUUUUUACACCUGCUGUCCAUGCAAGGAUAUUGUAUUUCCCCGAGUUUUAUUUCUAUUUAAACUCUUUAUUUGUUUUCAUUUCAAAUCAUUUCAAUCAUUGUAAUAAAAAUCUUCUUUAGUGCUUAACGACAAGAAUUGAAAGAGAGAUGAGUUUCACGAAAGCUAAUUGUUCCCGACCAUCCUGCUACUCUCCUGCCACAAGAUCUGGUCCAAGUUUGGACAGAAUCAGUCAGUUGCCAGAUGAUUUGCUUGUGAAGAUCUUGUCUUCACUUCCAACAACAAAAGACGUCGUAGCCACCUCUGUUUUGUCUAAACAGUGGCGGUCUCUUUGGAAGAUGGUGCCUAGGCUCAAGUUCAUUUGCGAAAGGCCCAACGAUCUUCAGGGAUUUGAGGAUGGUGCACGCAUGACUAUGCUUUCACUCCAGGCUCCGUAUCUACAGAGUCUGCAUCUCGAUGUUUCAUUUAGCCAAGGUUAUAUCGAUCAUCAUAUAGAUCUUAAUAAGUUAGUUAAAAUUGCAUGUGGACUCCAUGUGCGUGAGUUGGUGAUCAAACUCUUAAGCCCAGGGCUCUUUAUAUUCCAUAGUUUGGAUGAAUGUGAGACUCUAGAAACCUUGAAACUUCGUGGUAGCGAGGAAUCCAUUACUCUAGAGGUCCCUUCUCCGUGUUGUCUGAAGUCUCUUAGAACUCUGCACCUUGAAGAUGUGGUCUUCGAUGACGCUGUUAUGGACCUUUUAGCUGGAUGUGUUAGUCUUGAAGAUUUGAUGGUUUCUCGAUAUGGUCAUGAUGAUGUGGAGACUUUCACCAUUGCGGUGCCAACUUUACAGGACCUAGCCAUAGACGAUGAGGUUGGUGAGGGUACUUGCUCUAAGUACGUGAUAAAUUCGCCUUCUUUGAAAAAAUUGAAGAUCACAGCGUCAAUUGAGUCUGGAUCUUGUAUGAUUGAGAAUGCACCUGAGCUGGUGGAGGCAAAACUUUUUAUCAAGGAAGUGAUUCUGGGAGAAUCACUCUCUUCAGUCAAACGUCUUUCCUUGAGUACACACAUGGAGCUGGAGUAUUUGCAGCUGUUUACAUGUGAACUAAAGUCCUGGAAUUUUCUAAUGCUCAUGCUUGACAGCUGUCCUAAUUUACAAGUUCUUGAUAUCAACAGCGACUAUCAUAUGGAAAUUCCAUGGACGCCACCAAACCAUGUUCAUGAAUAUUUGAUCCCUCUUAAGGAAUUAAAUUGGUACGUAAUUGAAAGGAUAUACGGGGAAGAGGCGGCCAAAUAAAUCCUAUCGAAUGCAAGGCGUUUGGAAAAUUUUACUUUGCUCAUGUCCAGCAGGCAAGACGAGUGUUUUCCCGCGGAAGAAAAACUUAAGGUGCGGCAUGACUUCGAAGGUUGGUGUCCAGAUGAUUGCAAGUUUGAUUGCAAGUUUUUGAGUGAUUCUGAUUCUCUCUCCCAUUGUCGCUUUUGAUUAUUGGUUGUUUCAUGUCAUUUUGUAAUAUCUAUCUUCCAUUUUGUGACUACCUCAAAUCGUAUUUUAAAAUCCAUGCACAUCAGUUCUCAGUGCAGAUUCUAUCAACCCCACAUUUUAUUAAUUCAUACAGAGUUUUAUUCGAUAAAACUUCAUCGAUUUGGUCAUUUAAAAAAUGUUAUUUAUUGUUUAUUAGAAAAAAAUGAAAUAGUCGUCAAAAAAAAAAUGAAAACUUCCUAUAAAAAUAUCCUUGAUAUAUAAA